AUGGGAAUGGUUCAAGAAGGCAACUUCGCGGGCAGAGCGAGGCUUUUCCCGGCGGGACUGCCCGUGGCCGCAAGGCCCUGCGACUGCUGCCGGUCGGCGGCGGCACUGCUCUUCUGCGCCGCCGACUCCGCCUUCUUGUGCAUCGCCUGCGACGCCGUUGCCCACCGCCGGGGCGCGUCGCACGGCCGCGUCUGGCUGUGCGAGGUCUGCGAGCAGGCACCCGCCGCCGUCACCUGCCGAGCUGACGCUGCCUCCCUCUGCGCCGCCUGCGACCGCGACAUCCACUCAGCCAACCCCCUAGCCGGCCGCCACGACCGCGUCCCGGUGGUCCCCUUCCACGACGCGGCGGAGUCCGCCCUCGCGAGGUCCGCCGCCUCCUUCCUGCCGCCGGCUGCCGACGACAGUCACAUCCCAUAUUCGUGGAUCGACAAGCUGCAGGCAUCUGGAGACGGCGAUCUGAAAUCCAUGGAACUGCUGUUUCAGGACUCGGAUCAGUUCCUCGAUUUUGACAAUUUCCAGAUCCCGUCGCAGCCGUACGAAGACAGCGUGGUUCCGGUUCAGGCAAUCGUCAAGCCGGUCGACAUCCCGGUUCACGACCGCUCGUCGGAGAAUCGGUUUAUGAUCGAUUUCUCGGGAUCCAACAUCAACAAUUGCAGCUACACAGCUCCAACUCUUAGCCAAAGCGUCUCCUCGUCGUCGAUUGAGGUCGGGAUCGUGCCCGACGGCGGCUCGUUCUCGGAAAACUCGUACCCGUUCGGGCGGAGCAACGGCUCAACCGGGUCGCAGGUGGUGGGGAUGGACCGGGAGGCUAGGGUAUUGAGGUACAGGGAGAAGAGGAAGAACCGGAAAUUCGAGAAGACGAUCCGGUACGCUUCCCGAAAGGCGUACGCCGAGACCCGGCCGAGGAUCAAAGGCCGGUUCGCGAAGAGGACCGAAUCGGAGUCCGAGUCGGACAUCGACCAGAUCUUCGGCGCCGGAGCCGGCGCGGCGAGCUUCGUCGCCAACGCCAGAUACGGCGUCGUGCCGUCGUUCUGACAGGCGAAUUCGUAGGCGCCGGCGUGUAAUUAGAUUUUGUUUUUGGAGAAUAAAUUAUGUUGUUUUCAGUAUUGUUAUGUUUAUCCUUUUAGUGUUUGUUAUCGGACGGUUGAGUUUUCCGGCAAAUCAGUUGUAAUAUGUGUCGUGUGUGUGCAAAAUCUGGAAAGGCCUGCUACUUUUUGUUGAGGGACUUUUCGGUAAGUUCAUUAGUCAAACUUUGGUCCACUAGAGAUUUUGAAUUUUCUGUUUUGCAAUUUGCUUUUAUAAUUUUAUAAUUCGAAUCCAGUUAAAUUACUUUGAAUUAUUAUGGAUAGAAAGGCCAACGGAAUUUACUAGAUGGCAUAUAUAUUAUUG